AAAGAAACCCUCUCGCUACAGAAACCCUCUCACUCACCACUCAUCGUCGCUCCUCUUCGUCCUCCUCCUCGUCGCUGCACCGCCCUCACCAGCGUCAUCUCUGCGCUUCUCAUCGUCCUUCCCCUUUCAAUUCGAUCGAGUAACCCUCAUCUCUGCGCUAUAUACUGAGCUUAAUGAAUAUUUUUUCUUUGAUUCGUCACCAAUUCACGCUACCUGUACAAACUCGCGCGCCUUCUCCUUCGAUUCGUCGCCGCUGCUUAUCUCUUCAAGGGUUUUCACGUUCGAUUUGUCGUGGCUCAUCUCUUGUUCACCGUUGCCAUUCAUCACCGCGCUCACCAAUGUCAAAGAAACUGUAUGCUCUCUAGCGACCUCUUCUCUGCUCUACUGUGAAGCAUCAAGGUUUCCAAUGAGGCAAAGCAUCGAUCCCUAACAAGCGAGGCUUGGAUUAUGCUGACCCAAAAUGGAAAGGCAAUUUUCUUGGAAAAGUUUUUCUUGCUGCUGGAUUAACAGCAUUAUGCAUUAUCAUGAUCAAGCAAUCUCCAUCUUUGAGUUCCACUAGUCCGUUUGCCAUUCGCGAACCUGGGGUAACUCAUGUUUUAGUAACAGGCGGUGCAGGCUACAUUGGUUCACAUGCUACGCUUCGGCUUCUGAAGGAAAAUUAUCGUGUCACUAUAGUAGACAAUCUGUCACGAGGAAAUAUGGGUGCCGUCAGAGUUCUUCAAAAUUUAUUUCCAGAACCAGGAAGGCUUCAAUUUAUAUAUGCUGACUUGGGAGAUCAGACAUCUGUUAAUAAAAUAUUUUUGGAGAAUAAGUUUGAUGCUGUGAUGCACUUUGCUGCUGUUGCAUAUGUUGGGGAAAGCACUGAGGAUCCUCUCAAACAGUAGAGAGAGGGCAAGGAACAGAGGAAUAGCCAAAGCACCAGGGAGCAAAAACAGGAGCGUUCUUCAAGUUUUUGGCUCUUCAUCAAUCAUAGCACCAAGAGAAAGAGAAUGAUGGCCGAGGAGGGAGCUGAUUGAAGCUUAAGAGGGAGCUGCGUUCCACUCACCCAACUGUUCUUUGAGUUUCUUUGCUAGUUUAUUCAAUUUCUUUUAACACAACUACCACCACGAGCAAAGAGAG